AGUGUGUGGGUGAUUAUUAUUUUACAAAGUAUUUAUUUAUGUACGUCUAAACGGAUUUUAACUCGCUGUCCAACGCAAGACUUGUUAAAUAAUUUAUAUUAAAUCUCUUGUUGACAUUACAUCAUUCAAUUUCUCUGGUGAUAUUAGUUUUUACUGUGAUUCUUAUGUGGAUUGGUUUUAUUAUCUAAUAGUGCUCAAAAAUAGCAACUAUGCUACCCGAUAACGUUACAUUGAUUGUGAAGGCUCCUAAUCAGCAAAUAGAAGAUCAAAACGUCGAGUGCCAGACUUCUUGGACUGUUAGACAAUUGAAGGGGCAUUUAUCCGAAGUAUACCCAAGCAAACCGAGAGCGGACGACCAGAAGAUUAUCUACUCGGGUCAAUUAUUAGACGACAACAGCGUCUUGAAGGACGUUCUAAGAAAAUAUGAGAGUGAGAUAACUCAUACUAUGCACCUAGUCUGCUCGAACAAGAGAAUGGAGACAGAGGAGAUCAACUCGGAAUUACGCCAGAGGAACGUACCGGCGGCGCAGCCAACAAAUCAACCGGAAACGGUAUCCAGACCGGAAACAAGACAGAACGAUCAGAACCACAGCGUCGAAAUGCAGAACUAUCUCAGCUCGUACAUGAACAACUACGGUAGGGUGCCGCCGUAUCCUAAUUAUAAUUUCGGUGACGGCUACCUCCCGGUCCCAAACGACCCGGCCUCGAUGGCCAACCACAUCAUGAUGAUGCAACAGGCGUACGUGCAAUACAUGCAACAGUACGCUAACAUGACUCGUGCGGCGACGCCUCCUCCGCCGCCAGCGCCGGUGGCUGAGCCCCCGCCGGCGCCGGAGCCCGAGCAGCAACAUGACUGGCUGGACCAUUUGUACGCAGCAUCUCGGGUGGGGAUCCUACUGUCAUUGUUCUGGCUGUACGGCAGUCCUACAAGGCUGCUCGUGGUCAUACUGUGCCUCGGACUGUUUUAUUACUUCCGUCAAAUUGGAUUUUUCCGCGACCUUCAAGUGAACGAGAGACGCAACGAGCCGCGUCAACAGAACAACGAUAACCAAGCAACGCAUAAUGAGAAUAACGGAAAUAACCGUAAUAACGAUAACCAGCAAUCGUUGCUAGCUGUCACAUGGAUGAUAGUGACGUCAUUCUUCACAAGCUUAGUUCCGGACACAAAUUGAUUUAUUAUCUGUGGUCAUGAUUGGCGUUUUAACAUUAUCUUUGUACAGUUUAGUUGUAUUAAGGUUAUUUAAAUUGUCUAUGCAUACAUAGACAAUCGUUUUAAAUUGAAGAGGUGGUUUUUUUAAUGGUAUUCGCAGUGAUAUUCCCAUAUAGAUAAAGCGAUGUUUAGGCGAUGUAAGUGAAAAUGUCCCGUUGAUAGAAAAAAGCCUGUAUUUUUAUGUGCUUAGUACAGUCUUUUCAAUCGCAAGUCUAUAUAGAUACUGUCAUAUAGGAAGAUUUAGGAAUGAAAAACCGAGACUAUUUUUAAUAAAGUUAGGCAAGUAAGGAAACCUUUUCUCUAUGGACGGGAUAUUUUUGCUUUUUGCUUUACCUGUGGACUCACCAGUGAACUUAAAUGUCGAUGUAUUAAAUUUUUCUGUUGUUUCUAUGAAUUAAAUACAUUGUACAUGCCAUGUAAAAUUAUUAGGCUAUUAAUAUUGUAGAUAAAUCAUUCUGAAGUUGGUAUAGCUUAAGUUCUCAUUGUGGAUUCAAUACCAAAUACUAAACGUAACUUUAAUGAACAUUAUAACAUUUUUUUAAUGCGAUGUAAUCUGUGGCAUUUCAUUUUGAAUGCAGUUAUGACUAACUAGUUUCCAUAUUUGAAUAUUUGUCACUAGUUUCAGUUAGCUUUUUUAAUAUGUAUUUUAUGAACUCACCAGCAUUACAAAGAUCGUGCAUUUUUAAUAUAAGGUUAUUUAUAUUUCUUAUUCUGGUUAGCUUAAAUGAAAUCAUUUACUGUGAUAAGAUUCGUUUUGUUCCAAUUAUAGUGAAUAAAAAUAUUAAAAUUU